AUGUCCACCUACAACUACACCCGCCUUGCCUCCAAAAACAUCCUUAUCAUCGGCGGAACCUCCGGCAUUGGCUUCGCCGUCGCAAAAGCCUCCCUCGCCGCCCAAGCAAACAUAACCAUCGUCUCGUCCUCCGCCACAAAACUCGCCUCGGCGGUCUCACGUCUGAGAAGCGAGUUCCCCGCCACCGACGCGGGGGCCAUCUCCGGCGAAACAUGCGAUCUGUCACAGCCGUCCAUCGAGGCUGAUCUGGAAGCUUUGUUUGAGAAACUCGCCGCCAAUGGCCCGAUUCAUCAUAUCGUGUAUACGGCAGCGGAUGCGCCGGCGAUCAUGCCCUUGGCUGCGGUCAGUCGCGACGCGAUCCUCGCGACGGGUCAACUGCGACUCGUGGCGCCGAUCCUGGUCUCGAAGGUGGGCAGUCGCUAUUUGGCACCGGGGCCGGAGAGCUCGAUUACCUUGACCACGGGGGCUGGGUGGGAGCGUCCGAAUGACGGGUGGACGGUCAUGGCAGGCUACCUGGGUGGGUUGGUCAGUGUAGCGCGGAACUUGGCGCUGGAGUUGAAGCCGGUGAGGGUGAAUGCUGUGUCGCCCGGGGUGGUGGAUACGGAGAUGUGGGAUGGGUUUCCAAGGGAGCAGAAAGAGGGGAUGUUUAAGUUUUUUGAGGGCAAGUUUCCUACGGGGAGGAUUGCGGGGCCGGAGGAUGUGGCGGAGGCGUAUGUUUAUUUGAUGAGGGAUUGGAAUGCGACGGGGAGGGUGUUGGGGACGGAUUCGGGGGCUUCCAUCGUGUAG